AUUCUGGUCGUGCGAUCUAUGCAAUGUUGUUGUAGAGAGUGAAAGGUAUCUGUGUUGAUUGAGUGUUCCUGCGUUGCGUAACAUGUCAAUGGCACUUAAUUGACAGAUCAAAUAUCUCAUUUUUUGCGACAAACGGGUCGACCCGACCGCAAUUUUAACUACUCCGGCAGCGGUGGGUUUGUAUCUUGGAUCGGAAAAUGCAAAUGUCAAGAGGAAGAUGCGGUUGUUCACAGAGAAUCACUCAACUCCAACAACUUUUUCUCCGCCAACCGUUCACUUCUUCAUCUCCUCAUCCUCCUCCACUUCACAACCCUUCUUCAACUUUUCUAUUCGCACCUCACCCAAAACCAACCCUCUCUUCAUUCCUCCACUCACCGCCGAUUUUCUACCCUUCCGCCGCGCGAUUCGGUGUAUUCAGAUUCUUCUCCUCAAAGACACCCAACCUUGGCUUCAAUGCUAAGAAGGUUUUCGACAAACCUACGGCUGCGUUGACCUCUGCUUUCUCUCGUUAUCGUGAGGCCAUUGUAUUGCAACUCGAAGCUUUCUUCAAGAGAAAUCAAUUGUUUUUGUUUGGUGCUGCUGCAGUUCUUCUAUGUGCUGUUUUAUGGAGGAUUCUCUUUGGCGUUGCAAAUACCUUCGUGUCCUUUUCUGAAGGCAUGGCUAAGUAUGGCUUCCUUGCACUUUCUUCUGCUAUCGUUGCUUUCGCUGGUUUGUAUAUCCGCUCAAGGUUCACAAUCAACCCUGAUAAAGUGUAUAGAAUGGCCAUGACAAGACUUAACACAUCUGCUCAGAUUCUUGAAGUUAUGGGUGCCCCGCUUACAGGAACUGAUUUAAGAGCCUAUGUUAUGUCAGGGGGUGGCCUUACAUUAAAGAAAAUCAAGCCAAGUCUUAGGAGCCGACGUUGUUUUCUCAUUUUCCCCAUAAAAGGUGCUGAGAGAAAGGGUCUAGUCAAUGUUGAAGUCAAGAAAAAGAAGGGCAAGUAUGAUAUGAAGCUGCUGGCCGUUGAUGUUCCCAUGGCUUCUGGCCCAGACCAGCGUUUGUAUGUGAUAGGGGAUGAAGAAGAGUACAGGGUUGGUGGGGGACUGAUAUCUGUGCUAAGAGACCCUGUGGUGAAAGCAAUGGCAGCAACCAAAGAAUUUGACAAUCUUGAUGAGAUCGAGGAAGAGGAGGAUGCUGAAAGAGAACGUCAGGAGGCUGAAAGAGAACGUCAAGAGGCUGAACGAAAGCACCGUGAAGAAAUUGAAAAGAUUGAAAAUAGUAAUACAUAGUAAUAAUCAUUCGUGAUGUUUCUCAUCCGGUUUCUUCGCUUGUUGAUUACAGGAGUUGUUUUGUUGUUUAGUACACUAAUUUUGUACCAGUUUGAGUUUUUUUGCCAAGGCUUACAGUACCUUGUAAUACAAAUUGCUGAGUUUAUCUGAACCAAAGUUGAUAAAAUAAAUAUGACAGGUAUCAACAUACAUUGGAAUGGACUCAGCGUUUGUUGGUUUCGAUGUUGCCUUGUCAUGAGUGUAUAAUCCUUUUCUAUGAUGUGGUUAAGGAGUAAACAAUAAUAAGUAUUGGUGAAUGCCAAUGUCUGGGACUGAUUGGAUAAAUUAUAUGAUUUGGUCAAAUAAA